UGUUCGAGCUCCCAUUCCCUUCGCUGUUUAUUUUCUACCUUCGUCUGUCUCGCUCAGACUGUAUAAACCCUAAUUUUAUGCCCAAAUUUUUUCCGCACCUAUUCGCUAUUUGACGUACUCAAGUGACGAAUGAAUCAGUAGCCUUGGACGAAUAGAGGGGCGGGAGCUUGAUGGAGCAUCAUCAAUUUGCGUAUAACAAUCCGUUCGAGAGACGCCCUAUCCUCAGAACCAAGGCUCCUGCUGUUAAAUGGGUCAAGGAAUGGGUGCCGCAAGAUGUUGUUGCCACAGGUGGAAAGUGUUAUCUUCUGAAAUGGGUAACAGAGGACACUUUGAAGAAACUGAAAGAGAAGGAAAAGGAGCCCGAGGCUCCAGAACCCGAGCCAGAACCUACCACCGAGGUUUUAUUUCUUUGCAGUUAUGAAGGAUGUGGAAAGACUUUUGUUGAUGCUGGUGCUUUAAGAAAGCAUUCCCACACCCAUGGAGAACGGCAAUAUGUUUGUCACUAUGAUGGUUGCGGAAAGAAAUUCUUGGAUAGUUCAAAGUUAAAGAGACACUUUCUCAUUCAUACGGGAGAAAGGGAUUUUAUAUGCCCUCAUGAAGGCUGUGGAAAGGCAUUCUCCUUGGAUUUUAACCUCAGAUCUCACAUGAAGACUCAUUCACAAGAGAACUAUCACAUCUGCCCAUACCCCGGGUGUGGAAAGAGAUACGCUCAUGAAUACAAGCUAAAGAACCACGUUGCAACUUCCCAUGAAAAGCAGAAUGUAGCAGCAGAAACUCCCAAAUAUAGCACUCCACCUACGGAGAAAGUAUCCAGGAACCUAAAAACAUCAUCGGCAGCAUAUGGCUCUGCAUCUUUGGACCGACCAUAUGCAUGUCCUUACGAAGGUUGUGAGAAAGCAUACAUUCACGAAUACAAGCUGAAGCUCCACUUAAAGAGGGAGCAUCCAGGGCAUUUAUCAGAAGAGAACGCUGAGAAUGCCAAUACCACUGCCGCCACCAUUAACAACAAGAACAAUGGAGAGAAUGAUAUGGACGAAGGCAGUGACCAAGAUGCUUAUGGGAAACACUCAAACGGGAAAGUUCAGAAGCAACAGGGAAGGACUAAGCCGAGUUUGAGGUUACCGCCAGGCAAAGCCGGGAAGAAAGGUCCGAGAUCAUCACCGGCCACGGUAACAGUUUCCAAGAAACCAUGGCAAGUGAAAGGAACAUUUGAAGAAGAAGAAGAAGAUAGUGAGGAGACACAGGAAGAUCGGGAGAAUGUCGAAGAGGGCUGGAGAUACGGGGAAAACAACGAGGACGAUGAUGAAGAGACGGAAUACGAAGACUAAAUCGAUCCCGGGAUUAUCUUCUUUUUUUUUUUGCUGUAUUUCUCUGUACUCUCCAACUCUUUGCUCUCUUGAUAUGGCGAUUUUGAGUAUAUAUUGGCACUUGAUAUAACACAUUUUCUUCUUCUACAA